AUGUAGUAAUAAAAUCUCAAUUCUAGAUUACAAAGUCUUAGUGGCAGUGGCUAAUUCUAAAACCAAUCAAUGAAUUACCCUGCUUAAUUUACACAACCAAAUUAUAUGCCUAAUUAUGUUUCAGGAAGUGGGUUAGUGAGCCAUUAAGGAAUGAACCCAGGCCUACCUCCUAGAUCUCUCCUUCCAAUUAAUUCUGCUGCUGGCUAUGGACUAAGAUAUAACCAAGUGAUGAGCAGGCAAAGCAAUCAUCAUUAAAGUAAUAAUGUCAUUCCAAAUCUGAGGCAACUCAGCAAUUAACAUAAUAUGCCUCUUAAUGGCCAGCAGUAUGGAAUGGGAAAUUAGCAACAAAAUAAAAGCAUGAUAGAGGAUAGAAUAAAUCCUUUAAUGAAUUAGAAUCAGAUGAAACAGCUGGAUAAAAUAAAUAGAGAUCGAUAGAGAAUCAGCAAUGAGUACCAGAAACUGUAGAACUUAAGCUUAAUAAAUCAUGUUAAAAAUUAGCAAUAAUUCACACCUCCUCCAUAACCCAAAUCUAUUGAUCUCGUCAAAAUUCAAGAUCAAGUUAGGCAAAAUUAAUAAAUCAUUGGAACUCUAUUAAAACAGUACGAUGAUCAAAAAAAAGAAGAGGAAGAGGAAGAAAAUUACCAAAUGCAAAAGAAACUCAAAAAGCUCCAAAAAGAUCAAGCUAUGAUGAAACAGAGAAUGAUGAAUAUUGCUUUGCAGAAUUAGUAGAAAGCCAAAUAAUAGCAGGAAAAAGAGGAAGAAGAAUAGAGAUAGGCUAAUAAACCUCCUUAGAUGAUGUAUCCUCCAUUUCCUUUUUUCCCCCAAAACCCUAAUUAGCCAUUUAAUCCCUACGCUGCAGCUGCUUAUCAGUAACAAAUGGCUGCGAUGAAUCCAGGAGGAGGCUAAAGUCCACUUGGUAUGCCUAUGUUUGACCCAAAUAACCCAUUUUUCAAUCCUUUCGAAGAGCAAUAGAAGUAGAAGAAACUUGAAGAGGAACUUAAAAAGUAGCAAGAGGAUGCUAGAUUCCUGAAUGAGCUUUUAAAUCAGCCUGAUAGGUUAACUAAAGACCCAGAAGAAUAAGAUAUGCUUUAUGAGUAAAUGAAGGAGGAGAUUUAACAGGAUUAGCACAAGGUAGAUGAUUUACUAAAAGGGCUGAACUUACCUAAAAUUGAUGCAAAGGAAGAAGAGAAGAUGCUUAAUAACUUGCCCUAGGAGAUUAAAUAAAAGGAGAUGGAAGAAUAGAGAUAAAAGAAGAACAAAGAACUAAAAGAUAAAUACAAGAAUCUUAUUUAGCAAAGUGAAUAGAUUACACUAAGAAAAGCAUCAAAGAGGUAUUUUAGAGCGAUUGUGAGGACAAUUAUCAAUACGCUUCGACUAUACAGGGAAUCAAUUAAGAAUAAACUGAGACUAAGGGAACAAACAGUUAAGGAUAUGGAUGAUGCGAUUAAACUUUAUAAUGAUGUAGCUAAGGGUUGGCUUAUGAAAUCUAUUAAAAAACCAUUGAUAUCAAUUCUCCAAGAUCCUAAUUAAUCCUUUGAUUUUUCAGAAAAAGGCAUUGACGAUGAAACUAGUCUCAAUAGACUUAUGAAACUCAAAGUCAGAGCUAAGGGCAUCAUUUAAUCUAUAGCUGAAAAUACUGACAUUAAAAAUAUGCCACUUCCCUUGAUCAUCUUUAUUAACUCAUUAACAAAGGCUAAGAACUUUGUCCCUUAGGAUUUUCUCACUGAAUAUGAAUUAAAUCGACUUAACACAGAUUCAUAUGGAGCAAUUACUCAAUAGUUAUCCGAAGAUUAGAUCAAGAUGGUUGGAGGAAUCUAUCUACUUGGUAAGAUUUUAAUUGUUAAGAUCUUGUUUAACCCUAAUAAAUCUGGAAUAAGUAUGCAAUUUAAUGAUAAAAUGCUUUUGAACUUUAAACUAUUGUCAUCAGUGCUUUACAACUCAUUCCUUGAAUACAUGGAUUAAAUAACUGCUAAGUUCUUAAAGCCUGGAACUUAGGACAGGAAAGGUUCUGAUGGUAUAUCAUAGCAUAUGCUUUAGCCUUAGUAGGUUAAGUUGUUUUACUCAUAAAAUAACUAUCAGUUCAGGAAUGAACUAUUCUUGCAAUUUGAUAUAUUCUUGAAAAAGUUAUUUUUGCUAGUGUCAAAGGCUGAUGAACUUAAAUAAAAGUAUUAGAAUACAUGA